GACGCUAGGCGCUGUGUAAGCCUGCACCUAUCUUGUCUUUGUACAGAACUUUUUGUGAAACCAGCCCUAAGUUGUUUUUUAUUUGAAUCAAGUUUUCUAAAACGUUUAUUAAUUAUGUCAAGUAUUAAUUGUUCGGUGAGAGGAUGUCACAACAACUGGAGGAAAAGACGUGAGUUUCUGGAGCAGGAAUGUUUCGAACACCGACCCCAACUUAGGUGGCAGUGCUGCGGAGCCCCGUAUGAUCUUCACUCGCCCCCAAAAGAUGAAGAGGAUCGGAGAAUGUGGCUGAAGGCCCUCAAUCUGAAGAACCCACCAAAAGUCCCGUUUGUGUGUUCUUUUCAUUUUGUUGAUAAAAAACCUACCAGGGAGCACCCUUACCCAGAGAAGUGGCUAGGUUAUGAUGCUCCUCUGAAGACUCCAAGGCAGAAGUUUGCCAGACAUUUAAAGGAAGACCCAUCAGCUUUGACGCCCGUUGGAGGAAGGCAUUGCUCGACGCUGUUAUCAGGAGUAGAGGCACGGAAAAUGGCGGAUUACGAAGAUGUUAGAGCAGACGGAAACCCUCUCCUUUCCAUUCGUAUUACCGAGGUUAGAAGUGUCAGAGAGGAAAUGGGGCUGCAAAAGACCGGGGAGAAGAUUCCUCUCGUUCAAACGCCUGAGGAGGAGGAUGAUGACGUUUUGGAGGUGCCAUUGACGCAACCAGCUCAUCUCAUUCAACCUACAUAUGAGGCUAAACCAUCAGAAGACGCUGGUGUGAUGCUGCUGAAGACUCCUGUAGUCUGGUCACCUCAUACAGUUAAGGCAGCUGUAAGCAGAUUAUCAGCAGUGCAGCCUGCACAGUCAAAGACUAGCCCGCCUGUGCCUUCGGAAACAACACAAGAAAACAAUUCUGACACACUGCCAAAAGCUACAGUAACAUGGUCUCCUGUUGCCGUGAAGGCUGCUGUGAAUAGAAUAUCAGAGAAGCACCAGACUCAGCCCACCCAGCCUGCACUGCCCAGUCCACUUGCAGCAGAUAAACUUCCAGCAGAUGAUGCUCUAAAGUCAACAAUGCCGACUGAACAAAGCAGUGAAGAACUGCGAGAAGAGAGGAGAAGAGAGAUAAAGAUUAUACAGAAUGGACGUUACCGUAAGAGCAGAGUACUCAGCGGCCCGUGGAGACAAGUUGGUGGUCUCCUUUUACGAGGAAGGUUUCAACGUCUCCCCAAAGCGUUGAUGCAAGUUCCUGGAUUUAGGGACCACAUUGUAGCCGAAGUGCUCAAAGAACUGGACAAAGAAUGUGAGACUCUCACCAGUGCAGCAUUCAACUCAGCACUUCGAGAGAACGACCCCGCAGCUCUGAAAGACUUCAGCUGGGACAGGGUGAUCAGAGAGUGGAAGACAACAGCACCCACUUUUCUCAAGUUCCUCCGACGUGCAAGCAAAGUCUAUGAAAACCAGUCGCUAACACCUAAAGACAAGUCAUUACCUAUGGCCAUGGGCGGAGCAUUAUUAUUAAGAGCACGGUCUCCCUGCAUGUGUGCUCCGCAAUACAUCAACUCUAUGAUCCUAAGACAGGGAGGGACAAAAAAGAGGUGUGUUUCACGGUUAAACAGACUUGGCCUCUGUAUGUCUAACCGCAGGAGCCUGUUGAGACUGAAAGAUGCUAAAAAAUCCCAGGCUCCCACGAAGCAAAAACCUGAAGAGACAGAUACUGAAAUGCCUGCUAUCAGUGAAGAAAACAGAUAUUCAAACAAAGAAGAAGAGGACAGCGAUGUUCCUGAGAUAACAUACAUUGUGUCUUAAUGCAUAACAAGACUAAACAUUUAGUUUGAGAGCAGAAACACCUUAGACAGCAUGUAGCUACAGUGCAUCAGACAUGCUAGAUAAUGAUGUGACAUGAUUCAGCUUCACACGAUUUAAAUAAAAAUGCUGACAAGA